AUGGAGGGAAAUUUUACUCAGGUUCCUCGAGAAAAAGAAGCAAGUAGAGCGCAAAGUACGGUCCUUGGGCGCUUAGAAGCGGUUGUUAGGUUCGUGUUUAAAUACAUUAUUUUACCGUUGUUGCUAUGGGAGUUGGGAUUCCGAUCGUACUAUAAGCUUAUUCUAGGGGUUUUUGAUUUAAUUUUCAAGAUUUUACUGUCAUUUUUUGGGACGGAAAAUGGAGGAUUGUUUAAUGGCAUCAGUGAGGAUGAAGGAUGGUACGAUGUAAACAGUGCAGGUGGAUCAGACGUGGAUGCAAUGUUUGACGAAGUAAUCAAAGAAGGCAAAGUAGGAAAAAAAUCUGAUAGCUUUAUUCUGAGAAUUGAUUCAAGGUACCGGUGGGUGAUGGACGGGAUUGAAAGUCAACAAAUAUGGCAGUCGACUCGAGAAAACGUAGACGAAUUGUAUUCUAUAUUCGAGAAGGCAGAUUAUAUAUUCGAUAGAUAUGUCAAACACUCACCCUUCUGUGUUUUGAAAAAGUUUAGUCCCAACCGAAAGAAGUCCACUUAUGAAUAUGGCGGUAUCCCAUUGAACAAGUAUGAGGGGUUCUCAAGCUAUCUUCUGUACAAGCGUUUGGGUACUAAAACACUCACGACUGCAAAACCGAAAUUACGUCCAACACUCCCUCCUGUGUUGACUACAAUACAGAAACCGGCAGAAGAAAAGCCUGAGGUUCAAAAUGUGACAAUCAUCCCUAUUUCUAGACUGACUCAAACUGAAACUAUCAAGCCUGCUAAAGAACGGACGGUGAGUGUUUUCAAUCCACCGGUAUUUAAUUUUGCAGCCAGUUCAUUUGCCCAAACGGUAGCUAACGAAUACAAAUACACGAGCCCCAAACGCAUUAAGUUGGAUAAUUCAAAAAGCCAAAUCCCAAGCUCGAUCAUAUCCAAGCCAACUCAAGACAAAGCGAGACCAUCUGCAGCUUCCAGCAAGCCUCGAGUCAUUAAUAUUGAAUUUGCAAACAAACAAAGAUCGGGAUUUAAGCUUUUGAUUAGGCCAAAGCAUGAACUGAGUCUUAAAAAACCGAAACAGGGUAUUGAAGUUUUAUCAACCUCGAAUACAAAGAGGAUUACCAAAUCCAUCUCAGUUGAUGAUGUAGAAUACAUAGAGAAAAUCAAGCAUGAAAUCAAACAAAUAUUACCCAAACCGGACUAUGACGAUGGUUCCUUAGGUCCCGUAAUUUUGCGACUUGCAUGGCAUUGCUGCGCUACUUACAAUAAGUUCACUGGUAAUGGUGGUUCGAACGGUGCAACUAUGAGGUUUAUUCCUGAAAUAACUGAUGAUGGGAAUAGUGGUCUUGACAUUGCACGUUCUGCACUUGAACCUAUAAAACAGAAGUACCCUGCAAUGACCUAUUCGGACUUAUGGACUCUAGCUGGCAAAAUUUCGAUCGAGGAAAUGGGGGGUCCGGAGAUACCAUGGAGAUGUGGCAGGGUUGAUUGCAUUGACGACAGAUACGUCCCACCCAAUGGCAGGCUACCUUUUGCAUACAAAAAUGCCAACCAUAUUCGAGAAACAUUUAGCAGAAUGGGAUUCAAUGAUAGAGAAACUGUCCUGUUAUUAGGCGCACAUGGUUUAGGAAGGUGCCACAAAAGAUAUAGUGGAUGGGAAGGGAAAUGGACAGAAAACCCCAUCUCUUUUAGUAACGACUUCUACAAAGUAUUGUUAGACGAAAAAUGGAGUCUUGGAACGGUACCCGAAACCGGAAAAGAGCAGUAUUAUAACAAAGACAAGUCUCUAAUUAUGCUAAAUACCGAUAUGGAGCUAAUUAGAGAUCCACAUUUCCUACAUUUUGUUAAGCUAUAUAGUCAACACCAAGCGACAUUCUUUCAAGACUUUGCAGAAGCCUUUGGAAAACUCUUAGAAUUGGGUAUAGAUAGAGAUUCCAAUGGCAAUGUUUUGCCAAAGAAUGAGUUCUAUUGA